GGAGACAAGACCGCCUAAACGGUAGCGGAAUUUCUUUACCCUUUAUCCCCACCUGCCAGCUCAGCCUUGGACACUGGACCAGCCUGGGGGCACUCGUCCUCAGUUCUGCGGGAGGGGUUCCCCAAAUCGUUUCUGUUUGAUCUUCAAGACUGCGGCAGGGGAUAGCAUCAGCAGACCACACAUGGCAAGAAGACUGUCAACAUGGAGCUGAGGAGAGGAAAGACUUUCAUCAAAUCUAGCGUGCAGAUUUCCCACGAGAAACUCAUAGACUCACCAGCCAAGGAGGACCCAGACAAGUGGUCACUGUCGCUGGGAGAGCAGCAGAGAGCCUAUGGCGAGAAGAGCUCCCAAACAAGUCCCUGUGCCCAAGGGUACGGCCGGUACCCCAACAAAGAGGUCCUGUCUGAUCCUGAAGGGGGUCCCGUGCCCCUCUGUGGAACCACCUUCAAGUUGGUGCGCAAGAGUAAGACUCAUGACAGUGUUCCAGGGGCUGUGAAGGCGGCGGCCCCCACAGGGCAGAUGGUAGGUAGCACAAGCUUCUCAGAGACCCCAGGAGGUCAGCGCAUGAUUGACUACCGCCACUUUGUGCCCCAGAUGCCCUUCGUGCCAGCGGUGGCUAAGAGCAUCCCAAGAAAAAGGAUUUCUCUGAAAAGGUCCAAGAAGUGCUUUCGAAACCUAUUUCACAUGCGCAGAAGCAAGACUGAGAACUUGGCCUCGCUCUCAGCCAAGGGGAAGAACCUCUCACCCUCAGGGGCUCCAGCGCAGCAAGGCAAGACUUUCCUCUCCAUGGGUGAGGGGCUGGGGCUGGACAGCCUAUGCCAGGACCUGUCUGACAGUGAAUUUCUACAUGACUCACCCUUUGACCUUUGCAGUGCCCUGUGUGAGGAUGUGGCCUCACUGAAAAGCUUCGAUUCACUUACAGGUUGUGGGGAGAUCUUUGCAGAUGGGAGCUCGGUGCCAUCUGUGGAGCUGAAGGACGGCCCAGAGAGCCCAGCCCAUUCACCUCAGGCUCUAGACUGCAAGACUCCCUGUGGCCCCUCCCAGGGUAGUAUGGAACAGCUGAUGUCACCUGCCCAGAAUGAAGCAUCAGACUUCAUCAAGUUCUGGGACAGUGUGAAUCGCUCUGUGCAGCAGCAGCAGCGCGCUCUGAUGGGCCCAUGGUUGACGAGUCCCCAAGGGACAGAAACAGACCAGCCCAGGCUAGACACAUCUGGAUUAGCUGAACUGCCCCUGUUCCCUUGCAGGGGUCCCCCCAGCGGCUCCAAAGCCAGCUCCAUAGACACAGGUACCCCCAAAAGUGAACAACCAGAAUCUGUGUCCACGAGCGAUGAAGGUUACUACGAUUCCUUCUCUCCAGGCCUUGAGGAGGAGAAGAAGGAAGCUGCGAGCCCAGGCACGCCUGCAGCCACUUUCCCCAGGGACAGCUACAGCGGGGACGCCCUCUACGAACUAUUCUAUGACCCCAGCGAGGCCCCUGUCGGCCCAAUCCUGGAUGAUGACUGUGUGUCUGAGAGUCUCUCGGGGCCUGCCCUAGGGACCCCGUUGUCUAUGUGCAGCUUCCGCGUGGGAGCUGAGGAGAACCUGGCCCCAGCGCCAGGCCCUGACUUGCUCAGCCAGGGUUUCCUCCAGAGUACCUGGAAGGGCAAGGAAUGUUUGCUGAAGCUCUGUGACACAGAACUUGCCAUUACCAUGGGCAUUGUCAACUGGCUGCGCAGAACCCCACCGGCCACUUCCCCUACCCCUGCCCCUACCCCUGCCCCUACCCCUGCCCUUGUCCUUAGGGCACCUGCUGCCCCACCUGACCCCCAUAGAGUUCUCAGAGGAUCAUCAGUGGGUGUGAAAGGCAGGGAAGACCAGGCCACGGCAUGCUUUCCACCCAGCAGGCAGGAGCCCUGGGCACAUUCAGGAACCAAAGACUUGCUUGUUGGAGAGUGUGAGGUCCUAGGAGAGCCUGCAAGGGGUAGUAAGACUCCAUCUAAGGAUGACUCUCUAGAGGAAGGAACACAAGACUUCUCUGAAGGCCAGUCCUCCUCUGAAGCUACCAUGACAAGCAUUUCUAGGAACGGCAAAGCUGUGACCUCUGCCACCUGUCUCAGCUCACAGAAGGAACUUGGGACACCUGGAAACCUGAGGUAUUCUCAAGGCCCCAUAAGACCAGGGCACAGAGGAAGUGCUCUUGAUCCAGGACCCAUGCUCGUAGGGUGUGUGACCCAUGUGGCAUCCCUGCAAAUCUAUCCAGACAGCAAUUCUCCCAGACAGGAUAAGGGCAAUGGGCUCUUCUGGAAGCCUCAGGCUUGGGGUCCCAACAUUCUGCAAAAGAACCCAAUAAGCAGCAAGCCCAAUGAAGCAGCUGGCUGUGGCCUUUCUUCCUCAGCCAGCCCACAGGACCAGAAAUGCUGUGACCUAUUCCUGGACCUGAACCAGCUCAAGUUGGAACCCUCCAGGCUAGGUACCCAAGCCUGUUCCUCUGUGGACAGCCAACCUCAGCAGCUCUGCCCCAGGGCUUCAGAGCAAGUGCCACAUAGGGGUUCAGUGGGAUCCUGAGCUACUCUGGGCCCCUGGUGCCCAGUCUCUGUGGCUAUUGUCCAGAAGUCCUGUAGCCCUCUUUGGACAGUGAAUAGCGGUAAGUCACUCCUUCCCUUGGGCCAUGAAAUGUUGCAAUGGCCUUCUGACCUGAUAUGGACUUCAUGUGGAUAACCAGAAGUGUGGACUUACAAGCUGGCAGUGGCGCAAGCUCACCUACAGGAUGGGCUCACACACUUCAGGAGCUGCAUAUGCAUGACCUCAUUCAGGAGAACCAAGGACCAGAAUCUUCAUCUUUAUUUAUUUAUUUUCUGGUGUAAGGAUUGUGUUUGGGGUAGAGAUGGCCAAGAUCAGGCUUGUGGGGAGGGGGGAUAGGGGAUCAGAUGAAGGAAUCCCUGCCUGAGCCUGGGGCUAAAGACUGCUGGGAGCUGCCAGCACUUCACACCACAAGGACAGAUGAUGGCCAGAAAGCAGUUCACGUUGUAAAGGAAGACAGGGGUAGCCAAUCCAUCUGCUUGAGGUACAGGAAAAGGACGAGAGCCACGGCUCAGGAGGCAGAAAAUCUCAUGAGGCUGAGUUCACAAGGACCCGCAGGCUUCAUCCAAGUCUACCCUUUACCCAGGAAAGGAGAUCAAAAUACACCACAGUGUCACAGUGCUUCUGUUUGGGAAUGACAAGGACCAGCCCUGUCUUAGCAGGAGCCUGGGGCCUCCAGCAUGAUAUAUGUGCACAGCUUUGCCAGGGCUGACCAGACCCUGCCUGACCAAUAGGUUCUCUCCUAGUGAUUCUGUGCACUUCCUUCAGCUUGUUCUCUGAGGCCUUGGGUGGGAGGAUACCCACUGUUCUCCCCACCUCUGCCAUUCUGCCUUGGAGUUGCAAAGGCCUUAUUUUCUGCCCUUUCCACUCCCAGCGUGGCCAUCUCGCCUCCAGGGAGCUCUCUGUAUGAAGCUGUGCUCACCACCCCUAACCCAAAAGCAACACACGCACCAAACCCAGACAUCCAGAAACAGGAAAGGACCUGCUGGCUGCUAUCCCCCAGGAAAGGUAGACAUCAUUUCUGACCCAGCCUGAGGGCAGGGACAGAGGGUCCAUCCUCCCUGUCAAGAAUUUGAUUCUACCUCAGCAAAAAAUAACACAGUGGCAGGCAGAGGAUAAGGACUUGACAGGUAGUUGUAAAAUUUGUCACCCAGACCACAUGUAGGCAGGUUCCUGGAGAGGCCACACUUCAUACAGAGCUCCUGUGGAGAGGUACAGGAACUCCAGGCAAGCACUGAAGUCCCACUGAUAUCACAUGUUCAGGGCCUAAGCGCUCCACUUCAGGCUAGAAAGUCUCUUGUGACCAUUGGCACCAACAGCUCUUUAAGGCUGCCUAUUGUGUGCGGAUGAGGGCUGUAGGUUAAAAACAGACAUCAAGGUUGUGGCCAUGUGGACCUGGACACAAGGAAGCACAGGGUCGUUCACCUGGGAAGCCACAUCUUCUCUUAGGACUCAGACUCCAUCAUGACAUCACAAUGACAUCACUGAGCCUGGCUUUGAGUAAGUGACAGAUAGAAGAACAUUCUGCAUGACCCCUGCAGCAGUAUGAGGUAAAUUAUGCUCAUUUUCAGACCAGGCACAGCUUGUGUGAUCUUUCUGUGGACAUACACAAGGAGUGAGUGCAGGUAGGGGGUUCAGAUCCCUUCCAAACCCUACUAUAAAAGCUCUGCUAUGCAGUAGGUUCUAGAACAUUCCACUGGUUUCCCUCAGCUGAUACUCCCAGAGCCUUCAGCCCUUUCUUCUUCCAGGCCACACAUGCCUGAGCACCCUAGGGUGCCAACCACAUGUCUCUGUGAACAGGCUGAGAGCUCAGUAAGGAGCCACUCAACCCCAGUCACAGCCUUUGGGGCUCGGUACUGUACCUGACAGAGAAAGUGCUCAGUAAAUACUUUUUUUUUGAAAGAAUGUAUUGUCAAGAUGUUGUGUGUUGUUUUCUGCUCUCUUGGUGACUCUGGGACUCAUUCAGAGAGAAGCAGUUUUGAGGUUUAACAGGAACUUGGGGCUGGUGAAGUGGGUCAGGGGGUAACAUGCCCGCCACACAAGUGUGAUCACCUGAGUCUAGAGCCCCAGCAGCCACAUAAUAGUCAGCUAUGUCAAUGUAGGCCUGUAAUCCCAACACGGGCAAAGAAACAGAGAUACAUGCAUCUCUGAAACUCAGUGUCCGGAUAGACACACACACACAGAGACACAUAAACACACACACAUGCACACACAGACACACACACUCACACAU